GCCGGCAGCCUGCCGCCGCAGGAGGUUGCAGGUAGUGUACCGCCACCUGUGGUUGGUAGCCUUCUGCCGCCCGUCGUUGCAGCAGCAGACAUCGAAGGCAAAGAGCACGAAAAUUCGAGGAACGACGCAGCGCUCUCUAGUGCGGAACAGGGUAAGAGCAAAGGUGACCGUAAUGACUCGCGUUUGAACAACAUCAAACCGGUGCAAACUCCGUGUGAAUCAGGAAACCCUGUCGAGAAGGCUUCAGCAUCUAUAUUGCCCGCCUCAGCUGCCUCGUCGGCUGAUCCGGUCGUCCAAAACAAGUCUGCUCCCUCCGUCGUUGCAGAUGAAGCGCAUGUGAGUGAGACAGUGGCCGCCGCUCGAAUUAGUAAAAAACCGCAAGCCGCUGCAGCGGAGAAGAAUGAAAAAGCAGAGGAAAAGCAGGCACAACAACGACCAGGGACUGCAGCCGCGCACACUGAUUCUACCAACUACAAGAAAUCUUCUGAUCCCUCCGUGCCUGCCGUCGUGGCUUGUUCCGACAAGGGCGACCGAGGAAGAAAGAAAACUACUGCUAUGGAAGUACCUGAGCACGACCAAAGGCAAAAACAGCUUGACAAAGGGCGGGAGAAAGUGGAGAAACCCAACAUCGCGUCUGCGUCACUGAAGGACUCGUUGAUCAAGCCCGAAAAAGACCUCCUCUCCAAGGAGGAAGGGCAUGAUAGAAAUCGGAAAGCUUCAAAGACUACUGUAACGGCGUCGGCGCGUACGAAUGCACGUGAUGAGGGUUGGAAAAUUCCUCUGGACGACGCGGGCGAAUCACAUCAAGAUCAAAAGGCAAACGCUGCGAACGAAAACGAGAAGCAGCAGGAGCAAGAAAAACACAAAAACCGCGAGCCAGCUCCAUGGGAGGGAAAGCGAUCGAAAGGCAAAGGGCCGGGAAAAAACGCCAGUAAGGUUGGCUCCGUCGAAAAGGGGAAGGGACCUGUGGAUAAGAAAGGAGCAGCAAUUUCGAACAAAGACUCGCAGUCGGCUUCUUCUGCGCCGCCAGCUGCAACUGGCAGAAAAACUGGUGGAGCUGCUAAGGGAAGCAAGAAAGGCGAUAAGGGCGGGAAGAAUUGCGCAGCAGCAACCAUCAAGGGAAAAACCAAAGAACAAGAAAAGGAAAUAUGGAAGAGCUUCACUUCCAAGUUCGGCAGCAGCUCUGAAAAAGGGAAAUGCAAAGGCGACCUUCCCCCGCCGAAAGGGGAAAAUAAAGGGAAAGGCCCCACGACAGCGAGUGGAGAUCUAGCUCGUGAAGCGCAGAGUGAACUGCCCCAAGCUAAUAUUCCAAAUGAUGCGCCGCUGUCUGCGUCGUCGGAGCCCUGGUGGAUGGCUGUGCCAUCUGAAGAUAUUGUGCCCGCAGCGACCACGAGCGCGUCUGGCACGUACUACGACGUCGUUGGUAAUACUAAAACGAAAGAGGACCACAACAACGAGGAUGGACAAGAGGCGAAGCUAGACACUGACACUGCUGGCGGCGAAAGGAUAGAGAAGAAAAAUCUGGACGAUGAAAGGCAGAGCCUUGCUGCGGUCACCAAAAAAAUCAGUGCUAAGGGCGGAAAGCGAAGCCGGUCGCAUUCCCCGCGCCAGCAUGAUCGAAAGACCACACGUUCCCCACACAUAAAACGUGAUCGAGUUCGAGAUAG